UGCCCGAGGGAGAAAACAGAGUGACAGACCUGGAGACUACAGUUCUCUGUUCUUCACACAGCUCUUUCACUAUGCCUGGGUCACUUCCUUUGAAUGCAGAAGCUUGCUGGCCAAAAGACGUGGGAAUUGUUGCCCUUGAGAUCUAUUUUCCUUCUCAAUAUGUUGAUCAAGCAGAGUUGGAAAAAUAUGAUGGUGUAGAUGCUGGAAAGUAUACCAUUGGCUUGGGCCAGGCCAAGAUGGGCUUCUGCACGGAUAGAGAAGAUAUCAACUCUCUUUGCAUGACUGUGGUUCAGAAUCUUAUGGAGAGGAAUAACCUUUCGUAUGAUUGCAUUGGGCGGCUAGAAGUUGGAACAGAGACAAUCAUUGACAAAUCAAAGUCAGUGAAGACUAAUUUGAUGCAGCUGUUUGAGGAGUCUGGGAAUACAGAUAUAGAAGGAAUAGAUACAACUAAUGCAUGCUAUGGAGGCACAGCUGCUGUCUUCAAUGCCGUGAACUGGGUUGAGUCCAGCUCUUGGGAUGGACGUUAUGCCCUGGUAGUUGCAGGAGAUAUUGCUGUAUAUGCCACGGGAAAUGCUAGACCUACAGGUGGAGUUGGAGCCGUAGCUCUGCUAAUUGGGCCAAAUGCUCCUUUAAUUUUUGAGCGAGGGCUUCGUGGGACACAUAUGCAACACGUCUACGACUUUUACAAGCCUGAUAUGCUUUCUGAGUAUCCUAUAGUAGAUGGAAAACUCUCCAUACAGUGCUACCUCAGUGCAUUAGACCGCUGCUAUUCUGUCUACCGCAAAAAGAUCCGCGCCCAGUGGCAGAAAGAGGGAAAUGAUAAAGAUUUUACCUUGAAUGAUUUUGACUUCAUGAUCUUUCAUUCACCAUAUUGUAAACUGGUUCAGAAAUCUCUAGCUCGGAUAUUGCUGAAUGACUUCCUUAAUGACCAGAACAGAGAUAAAAAUAGUAUCUAUAGUGGCCUGGAAGCCUUUGGGGAUGUUAAAUUAGAAGAUACCUACUUUGAUAGAGAUGUGGAAAAGGCUUUUAUGAAGGCUAGUUCUGAACUCUUUAAUCAGAAAACAAAGGCAUCUUUGCUUGUAUCAAAUCAAAAUGGAAAUAUGUACACAUCUUCAGUAUAUGGUUCCCUUGCUUCUGUUCUAGCGCAGUACUCAUCUCAGCAAUUGGCAGGGAAGAGAAUUGGAGUGUUCUCUUAUGGUUCUGGUUUGGCUGCCACCCUAUAUUCUCUUAAGGUUACACAAGAUGCUACACCAGGGUCUGCUCUUGAUAAAAUAACAACAAGCUUAAGUGAUCUCAAGUCAAGACUUGACUCAAGAACUUGUGUGGCACCAGAUGUCUUUGCUGAAACGAUGAAGCUCAGAGAGGACACUCAUCACUUGGUCAACUAUAUUCCCCAGGGUUCAAUAGAUUCACUCUUUGAAGGAACGUGGUACCUAGUUAGAGUGGAUGAAAAGCACAGAAGAACUUAUGCUCGGCGCCCUUCUCCAAAUGACGACACUUUGGAUGAAGGAGUAGGACUUGUGCAUUCAGACACAGCAACUGAGCAUAUUCCAAGCCCUGCUAAGAAAGUGCCAAGACUCCCUGCAACAGCAGCAGAAUCUGAAGCAGCUGUCAUUAGUAACGGAGAACAUUAAGAUACUCUGAGGUGUAAGACCUCAGGGUGGGGGUGGGGUUAUGGGUGUGGGAAACGGUUGGAGCAAUGGGAAGUCUGGGGACAAUUUUAAAGGAUGAACAUGUUGUUUUAAUUUUUAUGUGACUGACAUGGAGCCUGGAAAACUAUCGUGUUCUUGGGAGGAUCUCUUUGCUUAAUUUGCUAAUAUGCUUCUUGUGGUCUAUUCAAUGCUAAAUGUAUUCGAAUGAUGUUAAGGGCUCUGUAAAAUUUCAUACCUCUUUGGCCAUUUGUAUGCAUGAAGUUUAGUUUUUAAACAUGGUAUAAUGAAUUGUGUGCUUCUGUCAGAAGAAAGCAGAGGUACUAGUCUCCUAUUUAAAAAAUUUUUUAAACAUUUAAGAAUUUUGUACUUGAACAAACAAGAUUACUAAAAGUACCUGUGGUUUUUGAAAAACAUUUCUAGCUUGGGGAAUGUGGUCUCAAAAUGUGAUGUGCACAAACCGUGUUUGAAAGUGGCAAGACAAAUGUGUUUUUCUCCUAAAAUUUAUAAAUCUGGAAAAGGAAGAAAAGAGCUGGUUCUGGGGUCUGGAAUGUUGCUUUCAGUCCAGGCUAGCCAUGGCAAAAGUUAUUGUAAUGACCUUUGAAUAGAGAGACUCUAGCAUUGAGCAGGCUUCUGGUAUAGAAAAUGUGGUGCAUUUGGGAGCUGUGGAUACAGCUCUGGAUGUGCCCUUGAAUCAGUUCAUGAGGGAUUAUGCUGAAUAGCAUUGAGAUGUUGUUGGAGGUGUGUAUGAGGAAGUUUGUUGUUGGAAUCCUUCUUUGCACCUUAUUUUAAUAGAUAAAUGAAACAUUUUUCUGGCUGCCUUUUAAAGAUUUUUAAAUGGAAAGGAACAAUACGGGCAGGGCAUUAUUAAGUUACUUUUGAUGCUUCAGUGUUAUAAAUUCAAUUUAUGAACUGACAACCUAAACUCAUGGUAUAUGAGUUCUUUUCCUUUUUUUAAAAAAAAUUUGUUCAAUAAAAAUAAGAAGGUACAGCCCAAGUUUUUUAUGUAGUCUGAUUAGCCAAAAAGACUAUUCCACUUCAAGGUCUAGAAGUAGAAUUUAUAAAGCAUUUUCUCAGACUUUUGAUUAAAGAAAACAGCAAACAAAAACUAUCAUAUGGAAUGAAUAAGAAGAUUGGAUAGAUGAUUUUGUAGAUCUUUUUGGUGCUGAACUAUGACAUGAGCCUUAUAGAUUGUAAAAUAGAGAUAGUUGGAACUAAUGUACAGAAAUAAGUUUUUUAAACUUUAAUUGCUGUUAAAUUCUGUGAAGUUUCAGUUAUCUAAAGUGAACAUACAUAAAUAUGAAAUGUAAUGUUUCAGAUUGCAAGGUAACAUGUAAUGUGUUUGUACGAUAUUCUUGUCUAAUAUUAACUAGUAGUAUUUUGAUUUGUACAGUCAUAAUUUGUUAAAAUGACUUAAUUUUAACAUCCACUGAUGUAGAUUAAUAAUGUAAGUUUAGAUUUAAAGAAUGGUGGGAAAAUUGUGCAUGUAAUACUUUUACAAGUAUUGGGAGUUUGGUAUGUUUCAACAGAGUAAUUUAACUUUUGGGUGCCAGGACAUGGGUUUUCUCAAAGUCCAUUGCCGGCAAUGGGCAGGCCUGGUAAUACUGGCACAGACCAUUAACCAUACACCUUAUUAACAGUGAGGCGAAUAACUUUGAAAUAAAGUUUUAGAGAAAUA